CGUCAUCGCGCCGCGCCGCAGACAGGAGCGGCCGCCGUCAUGGUGCAGCUCGGGAGCCGCCUCCUGAAGGGCUACCGCAGCGGGCAAGUCGUGAUCCGCUUCGCCCUCGGAGGCUGCACCAACCGGCCCUUCUUCCGCAUCGUGGCAGCGCACAGCAGGCGCGCCCGCGACGGGAAGUACUUGGAACAGCUCGGCUGCCUCGACCCUCUGCCCAACGCCCGCGGCGAGAAGGUGGUGGGGCUCAACUUGGAACGGCUGCGCCACUGGCUGGGCUGCGGCGCGCAGCUCUCCCGGCCGGCUGAGAAGCUCCUGGGUCUGGCGGGCUUCCUGCCUCUCCACCCCAUGACGGUGACCGGCGCCGAGAGGCUGCGGAGGCGGCGGCAGGCGAAGGACCCCACCGUGCCCGCUACGGACAGCUCCCCCGGGCCCAGCGAGACGCCCUGAGAGACGCCUUGGCCGAGGGGCUGCCGAGACUGCCCUCCCGUUCACGCCGCCCCGAGGAUACGCGGUGCAUCCGACCACAUUAAAGCGUCAUUUGUGUGCUGUA